AUGGCGUGGAAUGAGCGACCCCGCCCCAGGGUGGGUUGUACCCCAACUUUCCAUAGGGAACAGGGAAAGUCGGAGUGGCAGCAAGGUGCCCCCUUCACUGGGCACUCCCUGACCACCUACCACCUGUUCCAUCAGCUCUUCUCUGGCCUCCUGCUUCUGCUCUGGCUGCCUGCCACCCUGGCCCACCAUGGAACCUCACUCUGGAGAAGCCCCCACGCCCACACCCAUGGGACCCCACGCUGCUACUCAGCCGAGGAGCUGCCCCUAGGCCAGGCCCCAGCACAUAUGCUGGCUCGAGCUGCCAAGUGGGAGCAGUCUUUACCUGUAGCCCUGGUGUCCAGCCUGGAGGCGGUGGACCGCAGGAAGCGGCAUGAGAAACCCCAGGCUGGGACCCGGUGCCCGGUGCUGCGACCGGAGGAAGUAUUGGAAGCUGACAUCCACCAGCGCUCCAUCUCUCCCUGGAGAUACCGCGUGGACACGGACGAGAGCCGCUACCCGCAGAAGCUGGCCGUUGCCGAGUGCCUGUGCAGGGGCUGCAUCAGCACCAAGACCGGCAGAGAGACUGCUGCUCUCAACUCCGUCCCGCUGCACCAGAGCCUGCUGGUGCUGCGCCGCCGGCCCUGCUCCCAGGACGCCACGGGGACACCCACUCCCGGGGCCUUCGCCUUCCACACCGAGUCCAUCCGUGUGCCCGUCGGCUGCACCUGCGUCCUGCCCAGGGCGGCGUGGUGACUGCCAGCCUCAGCUCUUCCCCCCUGGGAUCACCUCCCAGACUGGACAGUGGGGAUCUCUCUGUGGAGAGGGUCCCUCCUAUUUAUGUGUAUUUAUUGGUUAUUUAUAUGCCCUAAGUGACUCUGCUUCCACUGCCCGGGGGCCCUGGGCAGGUACCAGGGCUCUGGGCCUCUGGUUUGAGCUAAGAACAGUGGAGACCAGCCACUGGAAGGACCAGGUGACCCUGUGCUGAUCAGGCCCCACCUGGAUACUCAGACAC